UGCCUAAGCAACAGACUAGAAAAAAAAGCAGACCUGUUUGUCUUACUGAAACCAGGAAACAAAUCAAAGGGCUGAGACAAGACAAGUAGGAACAGAACGGGUGACCUGAAGAGACAGAGAGAAGAAGAAGCAGCUCUCUUUCCGCUGUGCUGCAUGCAGAUGUACCUGCUUCGGUGACCCUGAGAAUGUAGGAUUGUCUUGCUGCUGGCAUAAAUGCUGAGGACCUAGAAGAGGACAGCAGUGUUUACUUUGGCCGUGAGUGAUCCAUAUGUUAUUUGAUGUGGCAGCAUGUGCAGUCCAAUACAGAACAAUGUGCCUUGUAUUGUGUCUUAGGUGGACCAACACUGGAAGCUGUUUGAAGAGGAUAGGAUGCGCUGUCUCCAGAUCGACUUGAGGACACAGAAAGAUUAUGGUGCAGACAACAAACCUCAAUAUGAACACUCAAAAACCUGAAGUCCUAAACUUCAGCCAUUAGCUCCACCCAUCUUCUGCUUAAUCAAUUCGCGUGCAAUCAACACGGAACUUUAAGCACCCCAUGACACAGUUCAAUAUCCAUAGCUACACGCCCUCUUAUGCAUACACAUACUGAAACAAAGACGUUUGGGGUACUUUUUGCUUCACUUCACUGUCAAACACACAACCAGCAACUUUAUGGCAGAAGCUGGUCGAGAAGUCUCCAGGAGCACCAGAAUGAGCUCCAAGCCCCUGACCAGCGAAGACCUGCGGCUGGCGGAGAAGACUCUCAAAAGACUAGAAAGGCUUACGGAACUGUGCACGAACCCUCGGCUGGGCCUGAGGAACAGUCCGCCAUACCUGCCGGAUCUGGUUCGAGAGACUUCAACUUUGCUCACACAGGUCUGGCAGCCUUAUGAGGAUGUCAGGUCGGGAAGAGGCCCUCCUCCACGAGGAGAUGAGGCCAAGUACCUGAGAAUCCAUGUCAGAAACCUGCUGGACAAAACGGACAGGGCCGUGCUGCUUUUCAAAGAGGGGCGAGAGAAGAUCUUUGAUGAAACAUCUAGCUACAGGAGGAAUCUCACCAAACUGUCCUUGCUGUUCAGUCACAUGCUGUGGGAGCUGAAAGCCAUGUUUCCAGGGGGGUAUUUUCAGGGUGACACCUACAAAGUGACAAAGACUGAAGCAGAUCAGUUUUGGAAGAAAUCUUUUGGAACCAUGUGUAUAGUGCAGUGGAGAAAAUUUAAAGAACAACUGAAAAGUGUGCAUCCAUUUGAGGAAGGGAUGGAGGCCAUGGCUCUGAAAUCAACAAUUGACCUCACCUGUAAUGAUAAUAUUUCAGUGUUUGAGUUUGAUAUUUUCACAAGACUGUUUCAGCCUUGGAGAUCACUUAUAAGAAACUGGAACCAGCUUGCUGUGACCCAUCCAGGCUACAUGGCCUUCCUCACCUAUGACCAAGUUGAAGCACGGCUCGAACACUACCUGCACAGACCUGGAAGUUACAUCUUUCGACUGAGCUGCACCAGAAUGGGUCAGUGGGCCAUUGGCCAUGUGACCCCUGAAGGUGACAUCAUCCAGACCAUCCCACAGAACACGCCUCUCUACCAGGCACUCAUCCAGGGCUUCAAGGAGGGCUGCUACUUGUACCCAGAUGGACGUGACGUGAACCCUGACCUGACAAGCUUGUGUGAGCCGACCAGCAGGGAAAGAGUCCAAGUCUCAGAAGAGCAGUACGAGCUGUACUGUGAGAUUGGAAGCACAUUCCAGCUGUGCAAGAUCUGUGCUGAGAGGGAUAAGGACGUCCGGAUUCAGCCCUGUGGGCACCUCCUGUGCCAGCCUUGCCUCACGGGAUGGCGGCAGAAGUCAGCAGGGCACACCUGUCCGUACUGCCGCUGUGACAUCCGGGGGACGGAGUCCAUUCUCAUUGAGCCAUACUUGAAAGUCGGACAUCAGUGGGUCGAUGAGGAAGAUGGCGAAAGCGAAGAAGAAGAGGACCAUGAGGACAUUGAGGUGGUGGUAAAGGAAAUGGCUGCCCUCAGGAAGUUCUCAAGUUUGGACUCUCAGAUCAACAGCUCUCACCUCAGAGCUCCGCCCAUUCCCCCGAAAAACAUCGCUGCCCCAGACUGCCCAUCUCCGUUCGGCCAAUCUCACAAUGCUGACAGCGACAGACCACAGGCGAACAGCUCUGACUUCUCCAGAGAAGCAAAUUCCUCUUCCUCCUCUCUGAUGGCUGUAGACUCUGCAGCAGCGUGGAUCGGAGCUUCCAGGCCAGUCAAAGACCAAAGACGUAAAGAGACGGAUAAAAGCAGAGCACGACCCAGAAAAGACAAAACUGGCUUGGGAGAAAUAACAAGAACAAUGUCUUCCUGACUGAAAUAAUAAUAAUUAUAAUAAAAAAAACAGAACGGCAACAUCUGACAUCUUGAAAAUGUUCAACAAAGAAACAAAAGAGGACUGAGAUAACCAGUACAUUAGGAGAGCUAAGUGAAUGUAUUUUUUUAUUUUUUUUGUCUCACGUUCGAAUGGCUAGGCCUGCUGCAAAUAGUUCCAGUCAGAUGUUUGCAUCAACGCAUCAUUAGCAGGAAUAACAUUUUUACUGUGGGCUUUUCAUGAUUUGUUGGCGCUUUUCUUUUUUCCGGAUAGAUGGAUAACAUACAACAUUUGGUGAAAAGUAAAACUAAAGUCACAAGUUUAAUUGUAUUGUGGAUUUUGUCUUGCUGAGAUGAAUACAGGCUCAGAUAUUUGAAUAUUUGAAUAAUAUUUCACAUCCAAUAGCAAGUUACAGAGAAGGGACAGCAAUAUGUUCUAGUCAUCAACGAGGUCAUGGCAUAAUGUUGCUUGACAUUUGACCACUCAUUUCAGUUAGUUGAUUUUUUUAUUAGAAUUGGUAUAGUAGCUUAAAGUUAAAUGAACUGGUCACAACCUCAACAUCAUUGAAAAUGAUCAACUAUGGUUAAAUGAACGUAUGUUUGUUUUUUUGCCAGGAAACUAAAUAUUUAAAUGAGCUCUAUCCUUUCUCAUAAAAUCAGUGGCACAUCCAAAUAUUAUUGGGGUUGUAUGAGUAUAUUUGAACACGUGUCUAUUACAGAAAAUCCAAAAUAAUCUAGAUUCCAAAAAGAAAAUCGUCAAAAGCAGAAAAACUAAUUUGAUCUUGAUGUGAAUAAUGGUGUGAAUGUAAACCUCUGAUGAGAACUG